GCCCAGAUUGGCUGGCUUAGCAGGCCUCUUUUUUCUUCUUCUUUGAUAUUACCUCAAAGAACUUCAAGCGCAGACAGCAUGGAAAGCAGCGAAGGCGUAUCCGUCGCGUCUUCCUAUGAGUUUGCAAGCCCAAUCAAGCGCUUCGAUAAAGGAACAAGGGACAUAUUCCGGGUCGAACUUGUUAACGGCGAAUCCUACGUCUUCAAGCCCCACCGACCCAAAGAUGACGAAAACGACCGAUUCGAAUACAUACCGGAGGGCGAACUGAAGGUCUACAACAAAUUCCGACAUCUACAGGGGAAAUAUAUCCCCAUUUGCUAUGGGAUUGUUGAAAUGAACAGCAUGUCUGGAUUACUAUAUUUACUCGACGCAGAUGUUCCGAUUAACAUGCUCCUCCCGGAACGCGUCCUUCCUUUCGUCCUGUGCUUGCAGCUAAACAUGGUUAUUCAGCGAGCCAACGACGAUAUAUCCGUUCCUUGA